AUGAUGUCGUCUCCGAAGCUGCUGCUAACGUUGGUGGCUACGUUCCUGUUUUUUACGUCUAUUUCCGCUGGGAAUUGUAAACCUAAACCCUCUCUUUCUGAGUCUACCACUACCACGACAUAUCUCACAACGGACACCACAAAUCUUGUUACGGCCACGACCGAUGCUACCACUCUGCCCACUACAACUACUGGCACUUGCACACUAGAGCCUAGGCUUGAUCCACAGCCAAACUAUCAUCUUCAAUUUACUAUCGGUGUCGAAACAUGCUACGAUUUGGACCGUUCAAACUUUUACAAAGUGGGUGGAGGUGCCAGUAAUGGAUUCAACCCUUGGGUACUCACAACGGAUGGUGGUGAAUACUUCACCGUCGGAGACGACGGCCACGUUUCUUACAGGCGUGGUUAUGUUAUUGCCCAAGAGCCAGGCACUGACAAUAUCGGUGGUAUCUCUGACAGUGACACGGCAAGAGCCGGCUGGACAAGGCUUACUUGCAAAGUUUUCACCACCUCCAAUACCCCAUUUGCCUACAUGACAUGCGUCGGAGAUGGACCCGAGAACUCUAUAUUCCAGAUCUGCCAACUAUCACCCAAUGGUCCGCUAAGCAUAUUGCUUUCUGCAUCAGUCUCGCCUGGAUGUAGUGAGGCAUAUCUAUUUGGUGCUGACAGUUAA